UUGUAAAAUAACACCUUGCAAUCAGCCAUUUUUAACUUUUUUUGAAGAUUUGCCUCUAUUAUUUUAUGAUUUUUUUAUAAAAGGUACAUUUAAUUUUAGAGAAUAGGUUUUGGGAGAGGAGGGAGCCACUGAUCCGACGGCAAGUACGAACGACAAUCGACGGCCGCCUCCCUCAUCAUUUCUAGGGUUUCUAAUCUCCAAUGGCGAAUCUCAUGCAAAGAUUCAUCAGGAACCAAUCCUGUUUAAGAGCAAUCCCGAAGCUUACCCCCAAUCUCAUACCACAUCAGAAGCCUUGCAUCAUCAUCAACAACAACGUCGAGUCUCCAUUUCCUCUCACUAAUCCCGUGAUUGCCUUCUCCGGGUCCGGAAUCAAACCCGAUGAAGCUCUGCGCUUUUACCCUAGCUUCCCAAUCGGAUACGGGCUUAACCCGAGCGUGGUUCAUGGUUCGGGUCUAACCGAUACGGUGGUGGAGGAGAAAGAGAAGGAGGUGGUGAUUCACGCGGAUAGUGUGAAGAAGAAGAGGAAGAAGAAGAUGAACAAGCACAAGUACCGCAAACUCAGGAAGAAACAAGGUCGCAAAUCUUAAGAGCCUUCUUUUGAUUAAUCUAUUGCAAUGUUAUUUUUGGCUUCAAUAAUUGAAUCUUUAUGGUAUUCAAACUUCUCAAGAAACGAUUUGUUUUGAUUAAGAUGAUGGGAUUAGCCAAGUGAGUUUGUGUC